GUCUCUCUGUCUCAGAGUGCAUUCAGUAAAAUGGCAGAAGCCAGUAUUUCAGUGGCUCAUGAGCAGUUCUGCUGUCCUAUCUGUCUGGAUCUACUGAAGGAUCCAGUGACCAUUCCCUGUGGACACAGUUACUGUAUGAGCUGUAUUACAGACUGCUGGAAUCAGGAUGAUGUGAAGGGAGUCUACAGCUGUCCUCAGUGCAGACACACCUUCACUACAAGACCUGCUUUAGGUAAAAAUGUGGUGUUUGCUGAAAUGGUGGAGAAACUGAAGAAGACGAAACUCCAAACUGCUGUUCCUGCUCACUGUUACGCUGGAGCUGGAGUUGGAGAUGUGGAGUGUGACGUCUGUACUGGAAGAAAACACAAAGCUGUCAAGUGCUGUCUGGAGUGUCUGAACUCUUACUGUCAAAAUCACCUUGAACAACAUGAGAAUCUCUUCCAAGGUAAGAGACACAAUCUGAUGGACGCAACAGGACGAUUUCAGGAGAUGAUCUGCCAUCAACACAAUAAGCUUCUGGAGGUUUUCUGUCAUACUGAUCAGAAGUGUAUCUGCAUGUUGUGCACGAUGGAUGACCACAAAAACCACGACACUGUAUCAGCUUCUGCCGAGAGGACUCAGAAGCAGAGUCACUUGGAGGAAACACAGAAAAAAUCCCAACAGAGAAUCCAGGAGAGAGAGAAAAAGAUUCAGGAGGUGAGAAGAGCUGUGGAGUCUCACAAGCGCUCAGCACAGACAGCAGUGGAGGACAGUGAGAGGAUCUUUACUGAACUGAUGAGCUCCAUUGAGAGAAGAUGCUCUGAGGUGACACAGCUGAUCAGAGAUCAGGAAAAUGCUGCAGUGAGUCGAGCUGAAGGACUUCUGGAGCGACUGGAGCAGGAGAUUACUGAUCUGAGGAGGAGAGACGCUGAGCUGGAGCAGCUUUCACAUACACAUGAUCACAUCCAGUUCCUGCAGAGUUUUCAGUCUUUCUCUGCACCUCCUGGAUCUUCAGUCUCACCCAGCAUCACUGUCAGUUCUGUCCUGUCUUUUGAUGAGGUGAUAAAAUCUGUCUCUCAACUGAAACAACAACUGGAGGAUUUCUGCACAGAACAUAUUGACAAGAUAUCUGACAGAGUAACAUACAUUAAAAUUAUCACUGAUGAACCCAAGACCAGGAAUGACCUUCUACAGUAUUUCCGUCAGUUCACAGGGGAUCUAAACACAGUGAAUAAACGCCUCCGUCUGUCUGAAGAGAACAGAGUGAUUACUUACACUGGCACACUCCAGCAGUAUCCUGAUCAUCCAGAUAGAUUUGAUUUUUAUCUUCAGGUGUUGUGUAGAGAGAGUGUGUGUGGACGCUGUUACUGGGAGAUUGAGUGGAGAAGUGGUGAUUAUGGUGUGUUUAUAUCAGUGUCAUAUAAGAGCAUCAGCAGGAAGGGAGAUGGUGUUGAGUGUAUGUUUGGGGGUAAUGAUCAGUCCUGGUGUUUGUUCUGCUCUCCCUCCAGUUGCUCAUUCUUUCACAAUAACAUAAGAACUGAUCUCUGUGUCUCCUCCAGCUGCUGUAGAAUAGGAGUGUAUGUGGAUCACAGUGCAGGAACACUGUCCUUCUACAGCGUCUCUGACACACUGACCCUCAUCCACAGAGUCCACACCACAUUCACUCAAGCUCUAUAUCCUGGGUUUUAUAUUAAUUCUAAAUCAUCAGUAAAACUGUGUGAUGUAACAAAUUAGAAAAGCAGUUUUCAACUAGUUUUGCUUCAUGACUCAGAUUUUACAUUGAACAUCAAGUUUGUACCACACAGUAAUAAAACUGUUUAUUGUACAAAGGGAAAAACUCCUUAAAAUCAAACACAAACUGCAUAGACCCAACAAUAAACACAUUUUAACAUGUCAUAUAGGCUGAAUAUGAUUUUAGUUUGUUUGCUUUAGAUUGUCUUUAAAGCUUGAGUGUUGAGAUUUUAUAUUUCUAUAGUUUCAUGCUCUCAGCAGCCAUUAAUUUUUUAGGAAUCAAGUCAGAGUACAAAACAAUGUGAUAACUGGAUACAUUCAAACUAAGUGACUAUGAUUGUCUCAUAAAGGGAUUGUUCACCCAAAAAGUAAUAUUCUCUCAUCAUUUACUCACCCUCAUGCCAUCCCAGAUGUGUAUGACUUUCUUUCUUCUGCUGAACACAAAUGAAGAUUUCUAGAAGAAUAUUUCAGCUCUGUAGGUCCAUACAAUGCUAGUCACUGGUGACCAGAACUUUGAAGCUCCAAAAAGCACAUAAAGGCAGCAUGAAAGUAAUCCAUACGACUCCAGUGGUUUAAUCCAUGUCUUCAGAAGAGAUAUGAUAGGUGUGAGAAACAGAUCAAUAUUUAAGUCCUUUUUUUUUUACUGUAAAUCUUCACAUUCACAUCUGAAAGUCACGUGAUGACUGUUUAGUUUCACUUUCACAUCUGAAGGACUUAUAUAUUGAUCUGUUUCUCACUUAUAUCACUUCUGAAGACAUGGAUUAAACCACUGGAGUCAUAUGGAUUAUUUUUAUGCUGCAUUUAUGUGCUUUUUGGAGCUUUAAAUUGCUAAAAAUCUUCAUUUGUGUUCUGCUGAAGAAAGAAAAUCACACACAUCUGAGAUGGCAUGUGAGUAAAUUGUAGUUUUUGGGUGAACUAUCCCAAACUUUGAGUGAAGACAGGAAAAAAAACCUCCUGCCUGUCAGUGAUGUAAGAUUAGAAGCAGUGUAGAGCUGUGUCUGAGACAGAAAAAGCAGAGGACCAACAGUCAUCAAAUACUCAGAACUAUUUAUGAGAUGUUUGAUCAAUAGAUCACUUAUGUUAUAGAUUUAAACACC